AUGCCGGAAAAAGAUGACUCGAACCGAAAGAAGAAGGAAUCCAUAGUGGAUUUAUCGCGUUUUAUUGAUAAGAAGAUCCGGGUUAAAUUCCAAGGUGGCCGAGAAGCGUCAGGAAUACUGAAAGGAUAUGAUGCUCUGAUUAAUCUUGUACUGGAUAAUGCAGUUGAAUACGUUCGGGAUUCGGAAGAUCCUCAAAAAGUUACCGAAGAAACACGGUCGUUGGGCUUAAUAGUGGCACGCGGUACUGCAAUUACGGUGAUUGCUCCGAACGAUGGCAUCGAACAAAUCGCUAAUCCAUUCAUAUGA